AUGACCAGGAGCUUACGCAUCCCUCGAAUAUCUACGCAGCUUUCAUCACGCAUAUCUACCUCAACUUCCCGUGCUGGUCCCUCUGACCCUUUGUCCAUCCACGGUGCUGCACGACCCACUGCGGCAGGGCGCAUACGCAGGAACGCAAUCUCCUCCAAUUCACCAUCCGGCAUCCCAGUUCGCAUCUCAUCAUCAGGAAAGUCAAAGCAAGCGGUCGAACAUUGGAGAGAACUUGUUCGAAAGCGCUGGAAUCCUGAAGAACGUUUUCUGAAUCUUGAGUCGAUGAUUGAGGAUGAAGUCGUGAAGAAGUACAAUCUUACACCACCUGGAUCCGGAAAUGGAUCCGCUCGUGACGCUGCGGUCAUCUUUAAAAUUGCGAGUGAACUCAAGCCCGAGGUGAAAACGCUGUCACUCGCCGGCAACAAUAUGACCGGAGUGCAUUUGACGUUUCUAAGCAGAUACCUACCUCGACUUGCGAACCUUUCCUUGCAAAAAAACAAUAUCUGUGCAUGGAAGGAUCUGGACUAUAUUUCUACACGGAGGGAUAAGUUGGUUCAUUUGCGGGAGUUGAUACUCCUGGACAACCCAAUUCGGGAUUUGGAAUUCAAGAACGGUCGUGGGGAUCGUUACAAGAGCGAAUUGUGUCGGAGAUUUACUUCGUUAGAAGUGCUGGACCAGGAAGCCAUCACCCAGAUAUCCUUCGACGUACCACAGCCAUCGGUUACCAAGGCUGACGUUGUAAAGCCCACAUCGACAACAUUCCCAUGCGAGAUGGGUCCAUCUUUCGUUACGGGCGUUGAUGGAUCCAUUGUCAGCACUUUUCUGGUUCGCUUUUUCAACAUGUUCGAUAAUCAAAGGGAGGCUCUCAUCAAUGCCUACGACCCAUUGGCUACCUUCAGCUUUUCGGCCAACACCGCAAUACCCAUACGCGCGAGAAUUGAAGGAUUCCAUUCAUCACGCAACAUGCCGAAUCAGAGAAAGUUGGAGUGGGGGACGUGGUUGACUGGAGGCGCUGGUGGAUCGAGAAAUCUCAACCGGAUAACUGGAGGGCUAGACAAGGCGGUGCAGAGUUUGCAUAUCGGCGGCGAGGCAACGGUGAAAGCCCUCGCCAAUCUACCUAAAACUAGGCACGACAUUGGGGGUCCUCCCGAGAAGUUUUGUUUGGAUUCGUUUCCUGUUGCGCAUGGUCAAGGAAUGGGGUUGUUGUUGACGUUACAUGGGCAGUUUACGGAAGUCGGUACGGAAGGUAUUAGAUCAUUUGAUCGUACGUUCAUCCUGGCGCCAGCUGUGGAAGGGUCUAGUGCGAAGCUCAACGGCUGGGAUGUGGUGAUUCUCUCUGAUCAAUGGAUCAUUCGUGGUUAUUCCAGUCAUGAAGCAUGGAAGCCUGGCCCGAUGUUGGUACAAGCAGCGUCAAAGCAUUCGUCCACCAUCAAUGCCAUAAACGCCACUGCGCCCGCUCUGUACGAACUCGAGUCAUUGCCUGUCGAUCAACAGGCCACACUUGCGCUCAUGCCUGAGAUGCAACGUAAUCUAGUGUUGCAGACAAUCGCACGGACCGGGUUAAACGUCAAGUUUUCUGUUGACUGUUUGACAGGUAAUGGAUGGGACCUAGAGAGGGCGGUUGCAAACUUCAAUCAGGUCAAGGGAACGCUGGCCAGGGACGCAUUUUUGUAA